CCGUGACGGGGCCGCGCCGCUGCUUCACGCCUCCCCCCCGCCAGCGCCGGGCAUGCCGCUGCCUGCCCACGCCGCUGCCCGCCGCGGUCACCUGGCCCCCCCGGGCCCCGGGAUGGGCCGCGGGAGCUGAUCCGUCGGGGAGGCUGGGGGGAGAGACGAGGAGGAUGAGCCACGUGGGAAGCCCGGUGAAAGCCUACGAUUUUCUGCUGAAAUUCCUGCUGGUGGGGGACAGCGACGUGGGCAAGGGGGAGAUCCUGGCCAGCCUGCAGGACGGAGCCACCGAGUCGCCCUACGGGUACCACAUGGACCUAGUCUUACAAACUCCUUUCCUUGUAGAAAAAGGAGGUAUAGAUUAUAAGACUACAACGAUUCUUCUGGAUGGCCGACGAAUCAAGCUACAGCUCUGGGAUACAUCGGGGCAAGGGAGAUUCUGCACCAUAUUUCGGUCUUAUUCAAGAGGUGCUCAGGGAGUAAUACUAGUGUACGAUAUUACAAAUCGUUGGUCAUUUGACGGAAUCGAUCGAUGGAUAAAAGAAAUAGAUGAGCAUGCUCCCGGUGUACCAAAAAUCCUGGUUGGAAAUCGCCUUCACUUAGCCUUCAAGCGCCAAGUGUCUACUGAACAAGCACAAGCCUAUGCUGAGAGGCUGGGCAUGACUUUUUUUGAAGUCAGUCCACUUUGUAAUUUCAAUAUUACAGAGUCCUUUACUGAGCUAGCAAGAAUAGUAUUGAUGAGACAUGGAAUGGACAGGCUCUGGAGGCCGAACAAGGUACUGAGUCUGCAAGACCUUUGUUGCCGUGCCAUAGUUUCCUGUACCCCUGUGCAUCUUGUUGACAAGCUCCCUCUCCCUGUUGCCUUAAGAAGCCAUCUCAAAUCUUUCUCCAUGGCAAAUGGCCUUAACGCCAGGAUGAUGCAUGGACGCUCAUACUCCCUCACAUCCAGCAACAUCAAUAAAAGGAACAGCUUAAAGAAAGCUAAAAUUAUCCGUCCACCACAGAGCCCACCAAAAAACUGUACAAGAAACAGCUGUAAAAUUUCCUGAGCUCUCUGUGGAAGAGGAACCUGGAUGGAAUCCCCUCAUGUGAGGCGUUGAACACAAGGACUCUUUGUUUAAUGGUUGAGCACAUUCUAUGUAUGUAUCACACUACAAAGACAAAAUGAAGAAAAAUAAGUCUUAUUUUAGAGCUUGCUCACUACAGUAAUGCUGCUUUGGAAUGAAUGACAUGUUCAGUGCAACUGAAAGGAUGUGACAUUUUGCUGUUGGAUUUUCAGACUGCAUUUUAGUUUCUGAUGUGCAUGAUGCCAUUGUUUUUACUAGUAGGUGUGUUUUCAUAUAGGGAAUAACUAUCAUUAUAUUCAGUUCUUAAUUCCAUGAAAUCUGGAAAGUGGCUUACUGUGUAAUUGUAUAAAAUCCUGUCUUUUUGCAAGCUAUUCAAAAAUAUAAAAAUGAGUCAUCGGUUUGCAUAUUCAGGCAGAGGUUUUUAAAAUGCAAUGUAUCGUAUACAUUGUUAAGUUCUACAAAUAGUGUGACAAAUUCUAGUAAUACUGCAAUUGUGCUUUUGGAUUUUUUUUUAAAGCUUCCUUGAUAACUUUGAAGCACUAACUUAACUAAGCUAAAAAUGUAUAUAUAAUUAUUAUGCACAUACACAACAAGGUUUUGUCCCAUUAGUGUAUGUAAUAGAUUUGAUAAAGUUUUUGGUAUGUUAUUUAAUACUUUGGGGAAUUAAUUGUGGUUUAAAUACUUAUUUUUCUGUAAAAAAGAAAAAAAAUAUUACAUUUUAUACCACUCUACAAGAAAGUUCUAGGAGGAAAAUGCCAAAGACACUGUGGUGAAAAGGAACAUGACUUGAAGAGCUGCUUUAUAAGGAAAGGAAACUAUUUAAAAAAUAAAUAAAUGUUUCUGGAAAAGAAA